UUAAUUAACUUCCGGGAACCUGUCAAGUAAAAAAACAACGUUCAUGUGGACUUCCCUUAACCAGGGCGAUGGAGCCACAAAAUAAACUUAAUGUAGAAUUCAUACCUUCAAAGAAAAUGAAAAAACGCCGUGAACUCGACGCAUUAGUUUGUAAUGGGAAAGUUCGCCGCAAAUCUAAAAGUGGUCACGAACUUCUUCGCACUGAAAGCGAAUCAUCAGAAAUUGACGAGUUUAGCAUUGCUGCACAAAAGACGUUAUUUAGAAAUAGAGGAAGGUCAUCCUGCUCAUCAUGUAAAACAGCAAUGAUAUUCUUAAUGGUUGGAACAUGUCUAAUCAUAUCUUCUGGACUGAUAUGGUUACAUUUUGAUAUGAAAAAUAGCAUUCAAAUUUUACAGGAUAAACUAAUAUUAGUGGAAAGAAAAAAUAAAGACAGUACAACAGAAGUUGGAAAAUUUCAACCACAGAUUGAUGAAUUAAAAACAACUUUACAAAAUGUCAAAUCAGAGGAGUCACAGAAGUUUUCUAAAUUAGAUGGUCAGAUAGACACAUUGACAAAAUCAUCAGACUCUAUAAAAUCUGCAAUGACAGUGAAAUCCCAGGAUGAGUUAAAUAAGAAAUUAGAACAGCUGUCACAGAUACCUAUUAUAUCUAAGUCUGUAGCAGGUAUUGGAUCUGAAGUUCAGAAUUUAAAAUCACAAUUAGAGGCAUUGAAUACAUUUAAACUGAGUGCUGAAAAACAAUUAAGUGACCUGACACAAAAGAAUUUACAGUCUGAUGACAGAGAAAGUAAACCUUUUGUUCAGGAUAAUGGAGACUUGUCAAAGAAAGUGGAGUCAUUGCAGCAGACAGUUUCAGAAUUAAACAUAACACUAUGGAAGAAAAUGGACACAAUGGACAUUGUCCUGAAUGGUCAUCAGACUAAAUUUGAGAUGUUGGAUAACAGUACAGCACAUAUUCAGCAGCAGUUAUCACAGCGAGUCACACCUGUUACAACUGGUCCUGUCGCUCUGAUGCCAGAGGCUGUGAAGAAACAAAUAGAAACUCAAGUCAAGCAGUAUGUUCAGGAAAUGAUGCCAAACAAAACAGAAGAUUCAAGUGACUCCUCUUUGAUGAGUAUUUUGUCAAAUAUGGAUAAUGUAACUUCUAUGGUAAAGAACCUUAAAGAUCAGUUUGUACAGUUGAAAGCUGACCAUUCAGACAUGAUACAACCAAACCAACCAGCCACUGGAGAUAAUGAUGGUUUGAUGGAAUUUAAAACUAAUGCCUUGGAAAGACUUGAGAGUUUGAACAAGACAAUGGACCAUCUUUCACAUGAUGUAUCCACAUUGAUGCACAAGUUCAUCUUAAACCAAAACUCACUGACAAGUCUUACUAGAAUUGUAGAAGGGAUAAAACAAUACAUUUCUAUUUUAGAAACAAAAUAUGGUUUGAAGGAUAAUCUUACUAUGAAAGCUGAUGAUCCAAAUCUGGCAAAUUUACCAUUGGCAGAAAAUAUAAAUCUGAAUAUCGACAACCAAACCAAAACAGAUGAAACACCUGAAUUAACAACUACUCCUCGUCCAAUUAUCUUCAUGAAACUAGUCCAUAAUGAGAAAGAUCUAGAACUGGGUUUACAUCGUUGGGAUCAGAAUGGCAAUGGAGUAAUUGAUAAAGAUGAGAUAGAAGCUUUAGGAGAUUAUAUGCCUGACCCACCUUCCCCAGAACAAGUAGAACAAUUUGAUUUUGACCAUAAUGGAUCAUUAGAUUUAAAUGAGUUAAAGAUAGCUUUGGGUUAUAAGCCAUACCCUUCAGGAGAUGAAAGACAAAGAUUAGCAGACUUGGGAUGAGUUGUUAAUUCAUUUGAGCAGACGACAUACCAUCCAAGUUUUUUACUGAACUUUCCAGGACAUGUCAUCUGACCAGACGAUAUAUACUUACAAGAUUAUCUGUGAUAAACAAUGGAGAUCCAACAUAUCAGAACAAAAUGGAAGACUUUAUAAAUUAAUCAUUAAGUAGAGUGAUGUUUUGAAAAAGGAAAGUGUUGUUAUUAGAUGGUUUAGUUAUAAACUGAUUUCCAUAGAAACAUUGAUUGUUCAUGUUAAUUUGUUGUUUUAAAACGAAAUAUUAGGUCUGACAAAUUCCAUUAGUCUUUAACUGUUUAACAUGUUUAUUCCACACCCAAUAAUUUGUUUUUUUUAAACUCAUGUAAUUUUAAAAAAAAAACAAGAAAUAAUUGAACAGCGAAAAAGGGAGUGCAAACUAUUUUCCUACUAUUUUCCCUGUAGAUGUUAAUUCUAUUGUCAAUAUACAAACACUAGAUGUCUUUUUUUUUCAAAACAAUUUGGGAAAAAAUAGUUGUGGUCUUAUCCUUCCAUCUGUUCAAGGAGAUAAAAAAAAAUCCCAGAAUAAAUAUUGAGUUUCCUGUGCUGUAUCUUAUGGAAACUAAUACCAAUCGAAAGGGAAGGGGAAGAAGCUCAUUGAUUUUGGGUCAAUACCAAGUAAAUGUCAAGUUCAGUGUCAUUACAAAACAUUUUUUUAUAAACAAAUGCCUGGAUAAAAUCACUUGCUUGAAAAAAGCGAAUUUCAUACCAAUGGGAGUUAUAAGGAAGUGGAUGCCUAUAGCUUUUGGGGUCAAUAGAUCAAAGUUCAUUGUAGCUGUUUCUCAAGAAAUCUUUUAAACAAAUAUUUUCCAGAUUAAGUAUUAGGGGAUCAUCCAUCAUUGUGCAGUUUUAGGAGCAUAUGUUUACAGUGCCAGCUUUCGACUUGUUGAUGUUUAAUUUACUUGGUAGAAAUGUAUGCUAAGAUUCACUUUAGAUAUAUUGUAUUCAUUUGUUGAAAGGAUUUUUUGAUUAUUUAAUUUUAAUAAACAUUUUACAUAUACAGGUUCACCAAUUGUUAAAUCUAUAAUCUGAUGUUUCACAAUAUUUCAUAGUAUAGUGGUUUCAUUUGAUAAAGAUUUUGCAUGUUGUUGUAUGUUGUUAAAUCAUCACAGAUAUGCACCUACUCAUAUAUAUAUGUAUUUUACACAUGUUAAUAGUUGUCCUUAUGGCUGUACACAGUAUUUCAAUACAUUUAUGUUAUAUUGCAUCAAUAGGAAGUGAAUGUGAUCAAUGAUGUACUUGUAAUGUAAAUCAUCUUAGUUUUAUAAUUUGACGGGAGGAGACUAUCUCAAAAUGUCAAAUUCAUGCAUGAUAAAAUUUGAUGAUUUUAUAUUUCAUGUUUGAAGAAAAAACAGAAAUUUUGCGCAUUGUUAAAACACAUUGUAUUAUCAUUGUAUUAAAGGUAGAGUCCAGUGAAACAUUAUCCUACAUUUUGAAGUUAUGUGGUUUUAUAUUGAGUGCCAAAUAAAAAUCUGAAGGAACGGAUACAUUUUGUGUCUAUGUAUUCAGAUUAUAAUUUUGAAGUUAUUUGGAUAUAUUAAUCAUAAAAUGCAAACUAUUAUUUUUGACUAGGAAAAGGACAGUUAUUUUGUGUUAUUGGUCAACUCGGCCCUGUUGAAAAAUUAUUUGGUAUGUCUAUACUUAUUCUGUUAAGAUAACGAUAAAAAAGAAGUCUUUUAGUUUCUUUUUUUAAGUUUUUGUCUCGCCUUGACCGAGUCAAAAAGCGAGACAUAGGUAUGCUGUUUCUUGCAGGGACGUCAACAAUGUAUUAGUUUGUAAUUAGGUCUAGUUUAUGGUGAACCACUAGUGGUAGGUCAAAGAUAUUUGGUAUGCAGUUGUAUUAGCAUUGGUACAUCUCAUUACCAUGGAGAUUAUUUGACCCCGCCCCCUCAGUCAUGGUUUAUUGACUUUGAAACUUUUGCUUAGUUUUCAUGUAUUAGUUUGUGAUUAGGUCAGUUUAAGGGGAACCAUUAGUGGUAGGUCAAUGAUAAUUGGUAUGCAGUUGUAUAAGCAUUAGCACAUCUCAUUUCCAUGGAGAAUUUUUGGUCCUUACCCCUCAGUCAUGUUCUAUUGACUUUGAAACAUUUGCCUAGUUUACAUGUAUUAGUUUGUGAUUACCGUAGGUCAGUUUACAUUGAACCACUAAUGUUAAGUCAAUGAUAUUUGGUAUGCGAAUGUAUUAGCAUGUGCAAGUUUAAUUUUGAUGGAGAUUAUAUAGCCCCACCCCCUCAUCAUGGUUCAUUGACUUUGAAACUUUUACAAUGUUUGUGUUUAGGUUUGUUUAAAGGGAACAACUUGUGAAAAGUCAGUGGUAUUUGGUAUGCAGUUAUAUUAGCAUUGGCACAUCUCAUUUCCAUGGAGAUUGUUUAGCCCUGUACCUUCAGUCAUGGUUCAUUGAUUUUGAAUAUUUGCAUAACUUACAUGUUAAAGUAUUGUUAUUUUAAUUUCAACAUUUGCAUUAUCAAAAUAACAAAUAGGCGAGACAUAUCUCUGUGUUAACAGUUUAUUAUCACUUGAUAAUGUCCUUUAGUAAUUUGAGUGAGAUAUUCAGUUAUUAUGGGAAAACAUUUAAUCAAAUUUACUUUUGCAUAUACGUAGAAAUUUUAGAUCAUAGUAUAUUAGUCUGCUUAUUUUGCAUUCAUGUCAAAUACAUGAAAACAUCCCCAACACAAAUUUUUUUUUAAAAAGCAAAGAUAUUGAUAUGCAGUGGGAAUGUAUCAUUUUUGCAUGAACUUGACCCCAGCGCUAAAAAUAUAUGCAUUGAAAUAGGAUAUAUAAAAAAACCCACAAAAAUGUUCAUGUUAACAGUUAGUGUCUUCUUAAAAGUAUGACCAAGGCAUUCAUUCUUCUGUUAAUUUCAAAAGUCUUUCUAGUCAUCAUUUUGUUUUUUAUUUUCACUUAUUUCAUUGUAUGCCACUCUGUCAUUAGAUAUUUACACUCUUCUAAAAUAUUAUUGGGCAUAACAUUUAUUUCAUUUAUAUGCAAUCUAAGUCACUUAACUUUGACUAUGGUUUGUAUUUUGAUUAUUUAAUGUAUUAUUUAUAUUGGUUAGUACAUAUUUGUACAAAGAAUUUUAAGGUAGCUGGGGUGUCUUCCUCCAUUUAUAAUAGCAGAUAGCAAUCGGUCUAGAUCUUUAAUGAAAUAUGCAAAUUUCGAGAGUAGUAUGUAAUUCACAUGUAAGACUUGUCAUGUUGAUAUAGAAAAUUAUGUGUUUUAUCAUAUUUACGGCUGUAUUUUACAAAAAAAAACAGAUUUUUUUUUGUUUGAUUCACUUUUUUCCAACUUUGCUACAUAAGGGUAGAUAACUCAGAUAUAAGGGGACAUAACUCAGAUAAAGUAACUGUUACAAUAGAAUGUGUUGUGAAUUUACCUAUUUUAUUAUAUAGGAAGAAAAUGAGUCAGGUGACCCCAUUUUUGUCGAGCCUUCGACUUUAGUCGAAAAAGCGAGACAUAGCGAUCUUACAUUCCGUAGUCGUCGUCGGCGUCCACAAAUAUUCACUCUGUGGUUAAAGUUUUUGAAAUUUUAAUAACUUUCUUAAACUAUCCUGGAUUUCUACCAAACUUGGACAGAAGCUUGUUUAUGACCAUAAAAUAGUAUCCAGAAGUAAAUUUUGUAAAAAUAAAAUUCCUGUUUUUCCGUAUUUUACUUGUAAAUGGACUUAGUUUUUCUGCCAGGAAACAUUACAUUCACUCUGUGGUUAAAGUUUUUAAAAUUUUAAUAACUUUCUUAAAUUAUCCUAGAUUUGUACCAAACUUGGACAGAAGCUUGUUUAUGAUCAUAAGAUAGUAUCCAGAAGUAAAUUUGUUAAAAAAAAAAUUUCAUUUUUUCCGUAUUUUACUUUUAAAUGGACUUAGUUUUUCUGCCAGGAAACAAUACAUUCACUCUGUGGUUAAAGUUUUUAAAAUUUUAAUAACUUUCUUAAACUAUCCUGGAUUUGUACCAAACUUGGACGGAAGCUUGUUUAUGAUUAAAAGCUAGUAUCUAGAAGGAAAUUUUGUUAAAAUUUGUACCUGUUUAUCCGUAUUUUACUUAUAAAUGAACUUAGUUUUUCUUCCAGUUAACAUUAAAUACAGUCUGCAGUUAAAGUUUUUAAAACAUUUAUUAGAUUCAUAAACUAUCCUGGAUUUAUACCAAACUUUGACAGAAGCUUCUAACAAUCAAAAGAUAGUAUCUAACGGAGUAUUUUUAUUGAUUUUUUUUCCUCAUUUUUGUUGAGCCUGCGAUUAACAGCAAAAGUAGGCGAGACACUGGGUUCCGCGGAACCCUUACAAAUUUUUUCUUUUUCUUAUCUGAAAGCAUAUUAUUAGAGCUAUCUUCUCAUAUUUUAUCUUAAAAUUCUAUGGUGCAGUUUUCUAUUUAUCACACAAAAUUUGGUUUUCAAUGCAUAAUCUAUACAAAGUCUGACAAUUUUGCACAACCUGUAGUGUGAUAAAAGCCCGGUGACGCCUACUUUUUGUUAUAUUUUUGAAAAAAGCAUGACAUAAACUACAUUUUGACAAAUUAUUAAAAAAUUCUAUGGAUUUUAAUUUAGACCCACCCCAUCUACCUUAAAAGGGUGAACACUAACAAUUUUGUUUCUAUAAAAGUGAGUGAAAAUGAUAUAAAAUGAGUGUGUAGAUUACAUUAUACAAUUAUCAUGAUUUAUUCAUUAGAUUAAGUGAAGCUGAUAACUGAGAUUUUUUGUUGUUGUUUAUCAUCACAGAAUUCCUCACUGCUUGAUAAUUGUAUGCCUUUAUUUGAACGUGUGUAUAAGUGUAUGUAUGUGUCUGUUCUAUUAAGAUUCUUUGUGACUAGUUGAUCUCUCCAAAAUAAUUCUUCAAUUAAACACGCAUUCUUCUUAUUUAUGAAAAAAGGAGCCUUUUUUUUUUACUACAGAUCAUUAUUAAGGGUCUAUGGAAUCAAUAAAAUAAGUCAAAUCCAAUUAUCAGUGAAAUUAAUUCAGAAUUUAAGCUAUUAAAUCAUGCAAUAUAAUAUUUUCUUUUCUUCAUGUGUAUGACUUAAACUUCAUGUGUUCCAUAGCACAAGUUCAUUUAAAUUAAAAUUGUGAGAGAUGUGCAAGGAACUUGGCUUUCAUGUUUGAAUUAAAAGUAGAUAAAUUAUUUUGUAUAAAUUAUGGGUUGAUUGCUAUUACUUAUUGUGUUAUCAAUUACAUGUAACUUUGUUCAAUUUUAUUCAUUUUAUUCCAAUAUGAUUAGAUAUUUAAGAAAAAAUGUUGACAACAGAUAAAUAUAUCUGAUAGCUGCUAGAUUAUUUAUUGUGUUUUUGUACAUGUUUAUAUUGGGGUAAGAUACUUGUAGUUUUUCCAAAUUAUCCUGUAUUAUUGAGUGGAUGUGUGCUUUAAAGAUUAAGCAUGCCAACAGCUGGAUACUAUUGUUAAAGUCAAGAUGUAAAGAUUAAUAGGGAUUCAAUUCAUAAUUUACAAUAUGUUGGCCUUAUAACAAUUUUCUGUAAGAAUUUUUAAAAGAAAUUUGAAAAUGAUUACAUAUGUAAAUACAUUAAGCAAUGUUUGUCAUGAAAUCCUUCCUCAUCAUGCACCAAUAUUGGACUGAUUCCUGAUCAUAUUAUUGUAUAUAGCACAGAGGUGAAAUUGAUACUACAACUGCUUAUUUAGAACUGGUUUGAUUAAAAUAGUCCUAAACUUCUUUUCACAAUAGUUGAUCUUUACUUUUCCUAUUACUGUCAGUAAAAAAUUUCAAGGAUUUAUAUAUUCAAUGAAUGACAUAUUUAUACCAGAUUUGGCAGAUAUGAUUUUCAAAUUUUCUCAGAAUAACAUCUCAUAUAGGUAGGCCCAUUGCUACCAGCUCUCAUAGAAGUCAUUUAAUGCUGGUCUUUAGUUGGGAAAUGAUAAAUAUUCAAUGUUGGUUGUUUCCUGAAUAAUACACCACUGAGCCUGUAAUUCUUUAAAAAAAAAUAGUGGUAUUAGAAUUCAAUAUUAAUUUUCAUAAUUUAUUUAUAAUUUUGUUGUUUGUUCUCGCGUCACAAAUAUAUUGUAUAGAUGUGGUUUGUGUAUGAAAGAUCAAAGCUUCUGUUGAACAUUAAAUAUAUUUUACAUAAAAA